CGGGUGCGAGACUCGCCCGAGCCAGCGAAGCUCCGGUGUUUACGCGCGACAGCGGCGCGAGGCGGGCAUCGUCGGGCCGGGACCAUGGCGGAGAGAAGCGGCCGGCUGAGCUUCCCGGGGAGCGGGGCUCUCAACAGACCCGUCCCCAUGAACCUGUUCGCUACGUGGGAGAUAGACGGGUCGUCGCCGAGCUGCAUUCCGAGGUUGUGCAGUCUGACUUUGAAGAAGCUGGUUGUGAUGAGAGAGCUUGAUAAGGAGCUCAUCUCCGUGGUCAUCGCAGUGAAAAUCCAGGGCUCCAAGAGGAUCCUGAGGUCCCAUGAGAUCGUGCUGCCACCCAGUGGAUCUGUUGAGACCGACCUGGCACUCACCUUUUCACUGCAGUACCCGCACUUCUUAAAGCGAGAAGGGAACAAGCUGCAGAUCAUGCUGCAAAGGCGGAAGAGAUACAAGAACAGGACCAUUCUGGGCUACAAGACGCUGGCUGUUGGCUCCAUUGACAUGGCUGAGGUGAUGCAGCAUCCCACAGAAGGGGGCCAGAUUCUGCCGCUGUGCAGCAACCAGAAGGACAUGCUGGGCAAGGUGGCCGAGAUCUGGAUCUUCUCCCUGUCCAGUCAGCCCAUCGACCACGAAGAAGCGGCCCUGCAGGACGGCCAGAAGAUCAAAUGCUCGGAUAACUACUCGGAGGAGGAGUACGAGAGCUUCUCCUCGGAGCCGGAGGCCAGCGAUGACGCUGUUCAGGGUCAGGAUCUUGAGGACGACGAAUACGACGUGAGAAAGCCAAAGAAGCAGAGGAGGUCCAUUGUAAGGACCGCGUCCAUCACCAGACAGCAGAACUUUAAGCAGCGAGUGGUGGCCCUGUUAAAGCGGUUCAGGGUGUCAGAAGAGGUGCUGGACUCUGAACAGGACCCGGCAGAACCUCCACCUGAGGUGGAGGAGGACCUGGACCUGGAGAGUCUGGACUUUGAGAACCCGAGCGACAGCGGACCAGAACUGGACGAUGACGACAGUGUCCUCAGCACCCCAAAACCCAAACUCAAGCCAUAUUUUGAGGGCCUGUCCCUUUCCAGCUCUCAAACAGAGAUCGGUAGCAUCCACAGCAGCCGGAGUCAUCGGGAGCCUCCUAGUCCGAUCGAUCCGGAUAAAACCAAGUGUUCUGGGACCAAGUUCCAGGAGGACGCUGUCUCCGAUAACGUCACUUUCGAGCAGCCGGAGGCGGUGACUCCCACCACAGAGCUGGAGAUGGACAACAUGGACACCUUUUUAGAGAGACUUCCCCCGAGUGGCAAGAUGACCAAAACAGAGUCCCUAAUCAUUUCAUCCAAUAGACAGGAACCAAAGCUGGCGGGAAGGCGAGGCCGGAGCACGUCGCUGAAGGAGCGUCAGCCCAGCAGGCCGCAGAACGAGAGGGCCAACAGCCUGGACAACGAGCGCUCUCUGGACACACGCUGCCACCUACAGAUCCCGAGGAAAACCGUGUAUGACCAGCUGAACCACAUCCUGGUGUCUGACGACCAUUUGCCUGACAGCAUCAUCCUCAUCAACACCUCCGACUGGCAGGGCCAGUACCUCUCAGACAUUUUGCAGAACCGCCAGCUCCCGGUGGUCUGCACCUGCACCACGGCCGACAUCCAGGCUGCCUUCAACACCAUCGUCUCCCGCAUCCAGAGAUUCUGUAACUGCAACUCACAGACGCCCAUUCCUAUAAAGAUAGCGGUGGCUGGGGCCCAGCACUACCUCAGCGCGGUCCUGAGGCUUUUCGUGGACCACCUCUCCCAUAAGACCCCCGACUGGCUCGGUUACAUGAGGUUCCUUAUCAUCCCUCUAGGAGUCCACCCAGUCUCCAAAUACCUCGGCACCAUCGACUACAGAUACAACAGUUUAUUUCAAGACGCUGCAUGGAGGGACCUUUUCCACAAGCCGGAGGCUCCUGUUGUGGCACAGGAGAACCUAGACGUGGUGUCCAGGAUAACACAGUACAUGGUUGGGGCCAAUGGAGCACACCAGCUCCCCAUCGCAGAGGCCAUGCUCACCUAUAAACAGAAGAGCCCGGACGAGGACUCGUGUCAGAAAUUCAUCCCUUUCAUCGGGAUGGUGAAAGUCGGCAUGGUGGAGCAGACAUCUACAACAUCAGGAGAUUCUGAUGACGCAGCUCCGGUGGGCUCAGCGCUGCUCUCCUCCACUCCUCCACAAGUGUCCCCCUCACUCAAGGAGGUGUCCCCUACACCUCCCUCCUCCCCCUCGGUUAACACCGGGUUCAGUGCUUACAGCUGCGGUGGCCAGGGGGAGCUGAUGGGACUGCAGGUGGACUACUGGGUUGCUCCAACGGAAAGGAAGAAAGACGUGGAAAAGCGGGACUCCUCUUCCAAGAACACUCUGAAGUGCACCUUCCGCUCGCUGCAGGUCAGCCGGCUGCCGCUAGGGGGCGCAGAGUUAGGACUCCAGCCCACCAUGUCUAUGACGGUGGUGACGAAGGAGAAGAACAAGAAAGUCAUGUUCCUGCCCAAAAAGAGCAAGGACAAAGAAGUGGAGUCCAAGAGUCAACUGAUUGAGGGGAUCAGCCGGCUCAUCUGCACUGCCAAGCACCAGCAGACCAUGCUGAGAGUGUUGAUCGACGGCGUCGAGUGGAACGAUGUGAAGUUUUUCCAGCUGGCGGCACAGUGGUCCUCGCACGUCAAACACUUUCCCAUCGGGAUCUUUGGACACACGAAGGGCCCCUACUAACGGUGUGCCAAAAAGAGACUGAAACGCAGAGGACCUCUCUCUCCGAGACCCUCUCCUCCGUCCAUCCCUCCCUCGUGCCAACUGCUCCUAACCUGCACAGCCCACUACCACUCUGCCGUCUUAAUUUAAACUCCUUACUUUCACCUCCUGUGUUUGUCCAAUGAUGAUUUUCGUCAGGGGUUUUUUUGCGUGUUUUUUUUUUUAAUUUUCUAUUUAAAAAAAAAACAAGAAGAAAAUUGAAAACGUCUCGGUUUCUUUGCCAAGGGAAGCUUUCUUUACCCUGCUUUUUAAAAAGGAAAACCCUGCUGAUGUUUUAUAGACUUUUUUGGGGCGGGUGGGGAAAAUACAAACUGAAACCCUAAUCAAAUAAUAAUUAGAAGAAUUUGAAUUAACUCAUAACACGAGUGCCCAGGCUUUCUCCCGCUACCUGCGCCGAUGCUUUCGGUUUGAUGCGACUGGUUUAAACACUUCGCCAGCACAAUCCAUGAGGGAAAUGGGGGAGAGAAAAGAAGCUCAGACUGUUGCUUUUGGAAUGAUGGGCAAUGGGGACAAGAUGGUCGUCAUCUUCUUCAGGAGCUCUUUGAGAGCAGCGGGUUUCGAUUCUCAACAUCAUUGACUGUUUCCGAACUCCAUACUCUUCCUUGACUGUCCGUCCUCAAGGGGAAAAAUAAAGUACCCCCACCUCCCCCAACCACCAUUUGACCCUCUGCACUCAACGAAAGAAGUCUGAAAUGUGCAAUAGACUGUAUGCGGCAUGAGCGCAACUCGGGACCGAAUCACUGAACAGCCCGUCACUGUUGGCAGGUCACAUAUCGCUCUUCAUUUUGCGUCGUCGCUCGACGCCCCCCUCCAUUAGGGUGACCAGACGUCCCGGUUUGUCCGGGAUCGUCCCGGUUUCAAGCUGGGUGUCCCGAGUCCCGACAAAUAUCUGUAAAAUAGUAAAAUGUCCCGGGUUUCGACAUCCAUCCCCCAUCAUGUCCAGCGAGACAGACAAGCUUGCGAGCGCGUGCAUAUGCGCGUGCACGAAUGUGCGGUACACUUUUGAGGGUCCCAGUUUGGGAUUUUGAAAAUCUGGUCACCCUACCCUCCAUUCUCUCCCCCCCCCCUCCUCUUUCUCUCCUGCUUCCUGCUAACUAAGCUCUCGCCACCUCUCUCAAGUCGCAUCCUUUCUCAAUAACCGAGAGAUUUCUUGUCAAAAUGAGAGAUACAUGAUUUGCAAAAAGCAAAACAAAUGAUACCUACUUUUACAGAAUCAUUAACAGCACAAGAUGAAAACUAAACUUAGUUCUUUGGAAAGGAUAGUAAGCCAGCUAAUCACUGAUAGAACGGUACUAGUUUUACAAAGCUUGUCCUCUGUAUUAGAUAAUGAACUUCAGGUAUUUUCUUUUUUGUUGUUGUUUUCCUAAAAUGGGUAUUUUGGAUCAAAGCUCUUCACGUCCUGCACUCCUGCCAACAAACUCCAGCAAAUAGUACAUUUUUAUUUUAUUUUAUUUUUUUGCCAAAGGAAUAUUCCUCAACUGCAGCUCGCUCAUUACCUGCCUGGUAUUCUAGUUGACUUCAUCAUGUAGCGGUGAAUGUAUUGAAGUUACCGUAAUAUAAAAAGCACUUUUUAAAUGUUUGUCCAUCAUAGAUUAGUCUUUUGAACUCGUCCCAGGAACCCGAUUCCAGUAGCUGUGGUUUUCAGAGGCACAUAGACAUUACACUGUUAUCUGCCAUAACAGUGCACUCGGGAUGUUUUGCCGCAAAAAACUGUUUUUCAACAAGGCGUCGUUCGUAUGCAGCCAGAACCAUGCGUUUGUAAGCUAUGUCACAGGCCCAGUUGGACUCCUCCAAUUUUAUCUUGAUGUUUCCGAGAGGUAAAGCGUAGAAAUGUUAAGCGAUGUGAUGUUAACUUUUAAAAAGAAAAUGACUGUCAUGUUGUAUUUAUAUGUUCCAUAUCUAGUUGACUCUUUAGCAGAAAGCUUAACUGACAGUGCGUUUUCCUGGAAGACCCCCGAGAUGUCUUUCAGCGGCCAUUUUCAUUACCGUCAUCACUGAUUUCUUGAUAAGUGCCUAAAUUGCCCAGUUUCCACUUAAUCAAAAUUAACUGUCCCUUACGUGUAUGGUGCUGAGUCCGGUCUAAAAGCACUGUAGGACAGCUGUCAACUGUUCUCCGGGGGGGGGGGGUCCACCAACAGAAAGAAACAUCUACAGUCAGGCCUACUCAUUCAUGCCCUGCUCAAAGAGCCCCGCACAACAGGGAGGGGAGGGGGGGGGAAUAGCAUCCCUCCUUGUGAAAGCCCCCAACGAUGGGUAAUAAAUCAGUUUUUAGAGAACACUAACGCCCCAUUAUUUUAAACAUGUAAAUUUUUUUUAUAUAAAGAAGACAUUUUAUGCGAUUUCUUUUUUGUCACUGUGUUCUUGGAAAGGAUUGUUGAGCUCGAGAGUUCCCCUUACAGACUACCACUGUAACCCCCAAGACGGGGGUAAUAAAAGUACUAU